AUGCCAGAUCCUGCACCAGCACCAGCAGCUCAGGCCCAGCCCGCCGCAAAGGCAAAAAAUGGCGCACCACCCGCUGCCGCUCCAGCUCCACGAAAAGUGCGGUUCAACGUCGGGACUCAAUACCAGGUUUUGGAUGUCGUCGGUGAAGGCGCUUACGGAAUCGUCUGCUCUGCUGUGCACAGGCCCAGUGGACGCAAGGUUGCUAUCAAGAAGAUCGCGCCGUUUGAUCACUCCAUGUUCUGUCUCAGGACGCUGCGCGAAUUGAAGCUGCUCAAGUUUUUGAGCGAAGCUGGUGUUAGCGAGAAUAUUAUCUCGAUUUUGGACAUCAUCAAGCCUCCAUCAAUAGAGGCUUUCAAGGAGGUCUAUUUGAUUCAAGAGUUGAUGGAGACCGACAUGCACCGUGUCAUUCGAACACAGGAUUUAUCUGAUGAUCACGCUCAGUAUUUCAUCUACCAGACUCUGCGCGCACUGAAAGCUCUGCACUCGGCCGAUGUUAUUCAUCGUGACCUCAAACCCUCCAAUCUCCUCCUCAACGCCAACUGUGAUCUCAAAGUCUGCGAUUUUGGUCUCGCGCGGUCUGUUAAGACCGCGGAACCUUCUGGCACAGAAACCGGGUUUAUGACAGAAUAUGUGGCGACGCGGUGGUACAGAGCACCCGAAAUCAUGUUGACGUUCAAACAGUACACGAAAGCCAUUGAUGUAUGGUCUGUUGGAUGUAUUUUGGCGGAGAUGCUAUCAGGGAAACCUUUGUUCCCGGGAAGGGACUACCACCACCAGCUGACCCUCAUUUUGGAUGUGCUGGGUACCCCCACGCUCGACGAAUUUUACGCUAUCACCACUCGGAGGUCUCGGGACUACAUCCGCGCCCUGCCCUUCCGUAAACGUCGACCAUUUGCCACACUUUUCCCCAACGCCAAUCCCCUUGCCGUCGACUUCUUGACCAAAACUUUGACAUUCGACCCAAAGAAACGCAUCACAGUUGAAGAUGCCCUUGCCCACCCAUACCUAGAAGCAUACCACGACCCAGACGACGAGCCUGUCGCACCUCCCCUCGACCCGGAGUUCUUCGAAUUCGACUUACACAAAGAUGAUAUUAGCAGAGAGCAAUUAAAAGAGCUUCUCUAUGAAGAGAUCAUGUCGUUCCAACCUGCACCCAUUACAUAA